AUGGAUGAACAGACGGAGCAAUGCGUAGUUUACAUUCAAUACAGUUUAGGAGAUGAACCCGCACUCCAUCUGGAUCAGGAUCACACUGAGGAAUAUGAUGCCGCUUUUCAUCAGGAUCAGGAGAAGGUUCACUGGAUGAAUAAAUGGCUUGUUGAAGCCAGGAACAGCUUAAAUGCUGGUCCCUUUUUCCUUGAAGAGGAGGUCAUUUAUCCUGUUCCGUUGUGCUUGAAGAAUGACAACACAGUGUCAUUCUACCAUCCUAAAGAGAUCUCCUUCGGUCCUCGGCAUUUUGGCUUCUGCCCUAAACAUUUUAAACAAGAAGAAGUUGAUUAUGAUGGCUUAGAAAUUUUCAAGUCAGAGGUCGCGUCCGAAUUUGAUGGGAGGUUGAGGGGUGGUUUAAUAUCGUUGGUGAAGAAGCUUGAGAGCGAGAUGCAGGAAAAAAUAAAGAAAAGCUAUGGUAUGUCAGAUGAUGAAACAGGGAUGGGUUCUGAGGUCCUUGCAUGGCUCCUGGCAAGAGAUGGCUGCUUCGUCUUAGAAGUUCUCAAGAGAUUUUCUGUAGAAGAUCCAGCUAAAGCUGAAAAUCGACAGAAGACCGUGCUGCAAAAUAUUCUUAAUAGGAAAAAUCACCACCCUUUGUUGAAUGAUAUAGUAAAAGAUAUGUUCAAAUUGGAAAAUCAGUUACCACUGUGGGUUUUGAAAGAAAUCAAAGAGAGACAAGGAGAGCUAGAAGCUUACUGGUUUGAGCGUGCACUGAAAAAUUUAUCUCCAGUUGAAGUAAGGGAUGAAAUUGGAAGCCGGCAAUACAAAAGAGAAAUUCAUCUCCUGCAGCUGCUUGGUGAAUAUAUGGUCGAUAAUGAAAAACCCCUUAAAGAGGAAGAGGAUCAAAAUCAAGACGGCGAGGAAGCAGUCUCAUCUAAAUUUGCAGCAGUUGGUGAAGUCGGAAACAAUAAGAAGCGAGGUAAAUACAUCAUUAUGGGGCUGGUGGUCAUAUUCUUUGUACUAUUGUGUAUUUUCCUGUCCCCAGUUUUCACCAUCUGGUUUCUAUGGUUAGUCAUCUCGUUAAUGUGGGAAUCCUAUCAAAAUUACAAGUGGGGUGAAGCAGACAAGGAUGACCGUCACGUUCCGACUGUAGAGGAGUUGCAUAGAAUAGGAGUGAAAUUCAAGAAACUGAAGCACAGAGGAAUCAGCCACAUAAACUUCGACAAGAAACACUCAAUAUUGUACCUGCCCAAGUUCACAGUAGACGACAAGUCGGAGGUGAUACUGAGAAACCUUUUGGUGAUGGAGACGCACCGGGUAGAUUCAGAAAAGAUAAUAACGAGGUACGUUGUUCUCAUGAACGACCUUGUUAACACCACUGCGGACGUGUCUCGCUUGAGACAAGAGGGUAUCAUCUCCAACAAACUUGGAAGUGAUGAGGACGUGGCUCGCCUCUGCAAUUCUGUUACCAUUCCCGCCACCGACAUACCAAGUUAUGGCCCCAUUGACGCGGCUUCGAGCAGCAUAAAUGCUUACCGAAAGAAAGGGCUGAAGAUUCUAUGGGCUCAAUUUAGGAGAGUCCACUGUUCUAAACCAUGGUUACUCGCCUCUCUUCUUGGAGGAAUAUCCUUACUCUUAUUAACAGUCGUGCAAGUCGUUUGCUUGUUUCACAGUUGUAAGAGAGGUUAA